ACUCGGCCACCCCUCUGAAACUUCCAAAAUAGAGUUUGUCAUAUGAGUAGGUCACUUAUUCAUGCAUGACUCGGUCCUUAGAAGCCAUUGCUUACCUGCUGGUCCGAAUGUUCACAGCAGCAACAAAGUUCCUCAGAUGUGGACUGGCACCACUUAAGUUCCAUUAUCAGUCAUACUCCGAUUCACUUGACUAGCAAUCCUUUCACAACAAGUGGGUGAAGCCUGGUGAUAAUCUCCCAGAAGCACACAGUUGAAGACAGCCAAGAACAUAGCCAAUACUCAUAACUUCAAAGACAAAAAUUAUACAUGCACACAAACAGCAUAAACAGAAUCAACAAAUCAUCAGCUCUCUAUAAACAUCUCAUUUUUCCUACUAUGUACAAGAUUUGGUGCAAACAUAUAUAAGUGGUUGCAAUAAUGUUUUGCAUGCUCCUAUCAGAACCCAAUAAUGUCAGUUUCCCUCCUCCUAGUGGGUGGCGUGACCCCACCCAGUGGGAGCACCUUUUGGCCAAGCAGACACACCAUGGCCCUUUCUGGCCAGAGCAUAGGCUGUUUUGCGAAGGUAGUGCCUUCCCUUGCCUGUGGUACUCGCUGCCCAUGACUAACAAGGAGUUAAAAACCCUAGUUUCAGGCUUGUUCUCUAACUCAUAUCCCAACACAAGGGUUUCUUGGCAGUGGAAUCCCAGCCAUUGUUGUUUGAUAAAGAGAGCAAGGAACAAAGGAUAGAGUCAGAUGCUUGGGCUGCCUUGCUGCUUUCCUCCAGCCCUUGUUCUCUCUCUCUCUCUCUCUUACAGACCCCUUGAGGAGUACAACUUGGGAGUAAGCUAAGUGAGACGGUUCCUCUUUGAGGCAGUCUCCCUGGACAACUGGAUGUAGCCUCCACCCUGGUGGUCACGUGGUGACCCUGAGAACAGGGGUCUGUGUCCCCCUCCAUGCAGGACAGCAACUGACACCCUUGGUAACAACCACUGUCUCUGCUGAGUAGAAUGAAUAGCACGGCAUCUUCUGUGUCCUGCCCAAUGGCCUUUAACACCACCAAAUACUUCCUCAUCCCUGUCUACUCUGUGGUACUGGGGGCUGGCUUGCCACUGAACUGCCUGGCAAUGUGGGUCCUGGUAUCCCAGAUAAAGAAGUCCAUCGUCCUCUCUGUCUAUAUGUUGAACCUGGUGGUCGCUGACCUACUGCAGAUCUUGAUGCUACCUUUCUGGAUCUACUACAGCUAUUUGGAUCACAACUGGGUUUUGGGGCUCAAGGCCUGCCUGGCAGUCAGCUGGGGCUUCAUCACCAACUUUUAUGCCAAGAAUGGUUUCCUGUGCCUCAUUGCUAUGGAGCGCUACAUAGGCCUGGUCCAUCCCCUUGAGUUCCGGAGGCUAAACACAAUAUGUGGUGCCACCAAGGUCAGUGCCAUGGCUUGGGGGCUGGUGCUCAGCGUCUGUUCCGUGGGGAUUGGUCUACUGCUGAAGAAUCUAGAACCAGAGCGCUGCAAUGAGGGUUAUCCACUGGGGAGGUCCUAUGCAUAUUUUAAGAUGGCCACCAUGCCUUUGUCCUUUUUCCUACCUUGUUUCUUCAUGGGCUUCUUCUACCUUCGGGUCCUGCACAAGCUCAGGCAGGUGCCAUCACUGGAUCAGGAGGAAAAGCAGCAAAUCUACGGAUUCAUUUCCCUCAUCAUCAUCUCCUUCUUCCUGCUCUGUGUGCCUUACCAGGUGACCUCCCUCUACAAAUACCAGAGAGAGAGGCUUCCAUACGAUCAAGACAGCCAACUCUGCCUCUUUGAAACAAACCUCUUCUUUUACCAUCAGGUAGCGCUGUGCCUUACCACACUUGGCAAUGUCUUGGAUCCUCUGCUGUACAUCCUGCUCCUUAAAGAUGUGCGGAAAGAAAUUGGAAAUCACUUGUAUUGCAAGGUCUUGGAUCGGGGGCAGUCACAAGUAGAUUAAGGCAAGAAUGGAAAUAUUAGGUGGACACUGGUUCAGACUGAUGCAUAAGAUACCCAGUGAGGUGGUGGGAAUCCAUUUGGAUGUCAAGGUCCCUGCAUCGGACCAGGGAUUGGCCUUGUUCUCUGCUUCCCUUUUAUGAAGCAACUCUGCCCCUGUAACCACAAAGAAACAUGAAGGGAAACAUGAUCCCUCCAGGGACUUCUAUUCACUCAGAACCUCUUGGAGAAGUACCUUAGAGACAGGUUGAGUUGAGCCACAAAAUAAUAAUAAUUAGAUUGGUUCAUGAAUACUACAUAUUAGGUCUUUUUGCAUUUAUGGUUAGAGCUCUAGUUUUUCACAGCAAUCAGGGACCUAUCGUGAUCUUUUAAAUAAACAGUAAGUCUCAUGGAAACAUAUAAUCUCAAAAGAUGGGCCUUUAACAUUUAAUAUUUUGAGGCUAUUGAUAAUAUUGGGAAAGGUAGCAACAUUGGAUGGGCACAUGAUGAAUUAACACAGACCACUAGACUAGGCUCUAGGAUUGGAUAUAGAUGGAUAAGAACAGGUAGUGCCAGAGUUACCCACGGGGAAGAUCUUAUGCACAUUUUAAGACAGCCACCAUGGCUUUGUCCUUCUUCCUGCAUUGUUUCUUCAUGGACUUUACCUCCAGGUCCCACAUAAGCUGAGGCAGGUACCAUCAUUUUAAAAGCUGGACCUUUAGCAUUUAAUGUUAGCGUGGAGAAGAAAUUCAUCCAAACUUACAGGAUAUAGAGACAUAGAUCUUUGCUGGUGAAAAAAAGACCUACUCUCCACAAAGGGUGAAAGGUAAAGAAAUCGUGCCCACAGGGGAAAAGGAGAGAGACCCAGAGCAAGCAAAAAGCUGUAAUUUAACCAUGAUGGGACAAAGAGAAAGGUCACUCAUGUCUAUGCUACAUUCCCACUUAGUUCUGAGCAACAGAGAUAUGAGGAAUUGUCUACCCGUCUGGUGGGCCACAUGUGGCACAUCUGGGUUCUAUGUGUGCAAUGUGGCAGGCAGGGUCCUCUGCCCCAGGGAGGUCCUCUCGCUCCCCGUCGUCCCGACGCCCACUUGGGCAUGCCCCAGUGUUCUCCCUGGCUGGGAGGACACUGAUCCGUCGGCCAAAUCUAAUCAGGUGACAGUCUCUCACAACACUCCAAUGUUGCAGGCCUGCUCGGCCCGCUGGCAGCUGGGGGAAGGUAGGGGGGCUCGGGCCCACCCCCUCACCCAGCCCUGGCCCAGGGCCCUAAGGCCCAGGAUUCAAUUCACUGGUCAGGUUGGUGGGGUUGAGACCCUUAAUGCACCAACCCUUCCAAAGCCCUGGGCCACUUCUUCCUUCUCUCCUGCUUGCUUCCCACCGCUCCGUCUUGCCACCCCUUUCUGCAGCAGGGGCGCUUCUUUUGAACAUCCGCUGACAACGUGGCCAACACUGGGAGGGCCGUGCCGCCACCCUCAGCCCCCAUCUCUUCCUGGUCCACGGCGUACUGGCACU